AUGGUGAAUUGCUGUGCGAUCGCCGCGAGGGCAACAGAGCUGGAGAUAGAGUUUGCGAGGCUCCAACAUGACUCCAUGUCGGAUAUGAGAGCCACCAAGGAGACGAUGGCUGAGACUACUGAGCUUAGAAAGCUACUACCAGAGGUGGAAUCCAGGGUGGAAUUGCUGGAGCGAGAAGUUGAAUUCUUGAAGAAGGAUAAAUCUGAGAGUGAAGAGAAAAUUAGGGAUUUGGAGAAGAAAAUUGGGGCUCUGGAGAAAAAAGAUGUUGAUGAGAGGAACAAGUGGACUAAGGUUGAGGAGGAGUUGAGGGAGAAGAUUCAAGAGAAGGAAAAGGAGGGUUUGGAAUUAGGGCAGAAAACUAAGGAAGUGGAGAGAUUUGCAAAUUUGAAGAGCUCGGAUAUAGAAGAAGGGGUUAAGGAGAAACUGAACUUGCAGGAGGCACUGAAGAAGUCUGAAGAGAGAGAAAAGAGCUUGGAAUUGUUUGUUGCUCGAUUGAAAGAAGAAGCAGGGGUGGCUGAGAAUGUGAUCAGAGGACUAAACCAGAAGGUUGAUACUGUGAAUGGUGGAGUGAAUAGAAAUAGGGUUAUUGGUAGGGAUGGGAAAAGGGUGAAGGGUUUGAAUGUUCAGUGGCCUGUGGUGGCAGCUGGUUCUACUGUUGUUGCAGCUGCUGCUGUGAUCUGGUUCUACUUUUGGUUGAUCUAUGAAAAUAACGACGAUGACGGCAUAAAGCUCUAUGUGCUAGUGUGUUACAAUAGCGGCAACAGAAGCAGAAGCAACAGGGGCAUUGCAGCAGCGGCAGCAAGGGAGUUUGCAGCAACAGCAGCAGCGUUCAUGAUAGCAGCAGUGACGUUUGUAGCAGCUAUAGCAGAGGAGGUUGACGGAGAGCAAAGAUGA